AUGGCACCUUCACUCUUUACCCUAGGCACGGCUGCCCUGGCCUUGGCUGGUGACGCUGUCGCCAAGCAGUUCGUCCUCGAUGACACAUACGACUCCACGAACUUCUUCGACAAGUUUGACUUUUUCGAGAGCAAGUACGGCACGGGAGAUUAUAAUGACGUCGAUCUCACCUCGGGCUACAUCAACUAUCGCACCCGUGUCGAUGCCCAGAAGCUGGGCCUCAUCAGCAAUGCCGACGGCGAGGUCUUCGUGGGUCCUGAUGCCCACAACAUCACCGAGUUCCCCGGUGUUGGCCGUUCAAGUGUGAGACUCGAGAGCAAGGCAAUUUACAACAAGUCUCUCAUGGUCGCCCGCUUUUCUCAUCUUCCUAAACCUGUCUGCGGUGCCUGGCCUGCUUUCUGGUCCUACGGUUCUCCGUGGCCCAAGAAAGGCGAGCUUGACUUCUUUGAGGGCUGGAACAACGCGGCUGCCAACAAGCCUGCUGCCCACACCUACCUCACGUCCGAACAGGGCCAGUGUGUCAUCAGUGAAAUCGGGCAGACAGCCAAGGUUAACACAGCAAACUGUGAUCAACUUGCUCCUGGACAAUACACCAAUGAAGGUUGUACUACUACAGCCACCUCUGCUGACCCUUGGGGCUCGUCCGAUGGCGGUAUCUAUGCUGUUGAGUGGACAGACGACUACAUCAAGUUCUUUGCCUGGACCCAUUCCGCAGCUCCCAAGAACAUUGGCUCCGACUCGCCUGAUACCUCCUCUUGGGGAACUCCCUCCAUGCUCAUCGCCAAUGAUAAGUGCAACAUCAACAGCCACUUUGCCGAUCAGCGACUCGUUCUGAACAUUGACUUCUGCGGUGUUCUCGCCGGCAAUGAGUACAUCUGGAAGGACCAGUGCGCCGCGUCCACUGGUCACUCUGUCUGCUCGUCCUAUGUCGCGGCGAAUCCCAGCGCCUAUAAGGACACCUAUUUCAAGAUCAAGGACAUUCGUGUGUUCAAGGAGGGCAGCAAAGCAGUAACGACUUCUGCGUCCUCUUCGUCUACCUCUACCUCUACCUCGACCUCCAUCUCAACCUCUACCUCGACAUCUGCCACAACGUCGUCUGCUUCGACAUCAUCUGCCUCCACAUCAUCCGCCUCGACGUCUUCCGCUUCGACAUCGUCUGCAGUCACGUCGACUACCACCUCCACAUCGGCAUCUGCUUCGGCGUCCGCGUCUGCUUCCGCCUCAACCUCAACGAGCGCCUCCAUCUCUGCUUCUGCUAGCGGCUCGGUCACGGCAAAGGACACGUCUAUCAGCGCCUCUGACUCCAAGACCGCCUCAGCUUCUGGCACUACCUCUGGCACCGCAUCUGCCUCUGGCACCGCCUCUGCCUCCGGAACUGCCUCUGGUUCAGCGUCUGGAUCUGGAUCUGGAUCUGGGUCUGGGUCUGGGUCUGGGUCUGCCUCUGUCUCCGGCUCCAAGUCUGCCUCCGCCUCUAUUACUCCCACUGGCCUAAUUACCACAAGUGCCACUGGCACCAAGUCAGCUACCGCCAGCGCAUCCGGUUCCAUCUCCAUCAAGUCCAACAGCAAGUCCGACGAGGAUGUCUGUACUGAGAGCGACGCCACCAGCACCAAGACUGGCGUCACCAGCAAACAGACACAGGCGGCUGCGACAAAAACUCCUCCCGUCGAGCUCACGACCUCGACAGUCUACACCACUAAGGUGUCUACAAUCACCGCGUGCCCGCCCACCGUCACCAACUGCCCAGCCCACAUCGGCAAGGUCACGACGCAGACCAUAGCUCUGUACACCACGGUCUGCCCCGUCUCAUCUGUCCCUGCUCCCAAGCCCACCGAGCUGGUCAAGGGCAACGACAAGCCCAACGACAAGCCCAAUGAUAAGUCCAACGCUGGCCCUGGCACUGCCCCUGGCGUCUCGACCACCACCUUCACCACCGUCUAUACCAUCACUAAGUGCCCGCCCUCCGUCACAAACUGCCCCGUCGGUAGCGUCACCACUAAGAUCGUCACGACAUCGGUUCCCUCUGCCGGCACCUCCGUGCCCAUCGUGACAAAGGUCGUCCCCACGGCCCCCUCGGGCCCUAACUCCGCCCCCGGCCUGACCAAGACCCUCUCCACGGUCUCCCCGUCUGGAGUCCCUCCCAAGCCCAACGCCCCUGGUGGUAACAACUACGGCUCCGGCUCCGGCUCCGGCAACGGCACCAUCCCCAAGCCUCCUACCGGCUUCAAUGCCACCGUCCCGGUGACCAAGGCUACCACUCUCACUGCCUCCAAGCCCGCGGGGACGGCCCCCGGUGCAUCAACAACUAGCUACUCUAGCGCCAGCUACCCGACCAAACCGGCUGUUGUUGUCAACGCAGCCGUUCAGGCGGGUGCCAGCUUCCUGCUGAUGGCUAUUGGUGCUCUCGCCGCCUUGGCUCUUUGA